AUGAACUCUCUGAACAUCCUCUCGGCACGAGUCUCACCGCCGCAGACUCCAGCGCCUUCCCGCUCGAAUUCCUAUGGCAAUCUUCUGCCCGCUGCUGUGUCCGUGUCGGAACAGCAGAGGAGAUCCCGCGAGGAGUUAGCCAACGCCAACGAGGGCGCCGAAGGAGAAGCCGACGACGACCAUGACCAUGACCAGGAACAUGAUCACGACGCCGAUUUCCACGAUGAUGGCACGCUCCACGAAGAAGCCUUCCUCUCCGAGAAGGUCGAAGACGAGGAUUCAGCAGCCGUACCACUAGGCUGGCAUAUGAUCCCCAAGAGAAUUUCAACAGCAUUCAUCGAGUCUAUACGCUGGGUGCUCUCUGCUCUGGCUGCGCCGGGUGUAUAUCUGAUCGCAUACCUCUACGAUGAGACGGGAAACUUCGCGCCAUUGUCACAGUUGAGGAAACUUGGAAUGGCCUUUUAUGGGGAGACAGGACGGGCGUCGACUAACCGGACGGGUGAUCUCUCCUCGCGGGACGAAAAACGAGCGCUUCUUGGAGACCAAAAGAAGGGAAAGUCUUCGAAUGGCCGCCGAGGCUCUUCUAAGGCUUCCCGAGCAGCAUCGCCAGCUUAUUCUUCCUCUGGGGUGUCUUCCGAGUCAGAAUCUGACCGAGCUACUGUUGGCAGCGACAUGUCCGCGUCAGCGGGAUCGAACCGCCAUGCUCGCUCAAAGUCCCUACAACCAUCUGAUGAGAUCGCUCCCGCUCGACGGUCGAUUCGAAUAAAGCUUCACAAUGAGGAUACCUUGCGGCAGAGGAAGCAUAGGCGGGCGCAGUCGACAAACUCGCGAGGUGAUGGCUCCGGUAGACUAUCUUCCGAGGAGUCGGCUCUUGCUGCUAUCAAAUCCCCGACCUCUCCCUCUGCUUCGAUGCUUAUGACAAAAUAUCCUCGCGCUCCCGCACCACCCAGGCCGCUCAUACCGCCGCGACAGCCGUCAUGGUCUCUUGCAGAUGCGGCUAGCGGGAGACAUGUGCAGAAGACACUUAUCCUAGAUCUGGACGAGACAUUGAUUCAUAGUAUGGCCAAGGGGGGCCGCAUGAGUACGGGGCACAUGGUUGAGGUAAAACUCAACACAGUCGUUGGAGCUGGUGGGAAUACCACAAUGGGGCCACAACACCCUAUUCUGUACUACGUACACAAACGGCCAUAUUGCGAUGACUUCCUGCGAAGGGUCUGCAAAUGGUACAAUCUAGUCGUUUUCACAGCUUCUGUUCAAGAAUACGCAGACCCGGUAAUAGACUGGUUAGAACAGGAGCGCAAGUUCUUCUCGGGGCGAUACUAUCGCCAACAUUGCACAUUCCGACAUGGUGCUUUUAUCAAAGAUCUAAGCUCUGUGCAGGCAGACCUCAGCAAGGUCAUGAUUUUAGACAACAGUCCGUUGAGUUAUAUGUUUCAUCAAGGUAAGGAUGUCCCACUCCGCUUCCUCGCAGCCGAGCCUAACUCCGAGGUAGAUAAUGCGAUACCGAUAGAAGGCUGGAUAAAUGAUCCCACUGAUAAUGAUCUUCUUCAUCUUGUGCCUUUGUUGGAAGGCUUGCAAUGGGUAACGGAUGUCCGAGCUUUCCUUGGACUUAGGGGCGGAGAAGAUGGGAAGCAAUAA